AUGAUAUUUUCCCUAUGCCAGUUACAGGAGCAAGCUGCUGAACAAGAAAUGUCCUCGUAUGUUGCCUUUGUUGACCUUAGUGUGGGCUCUGAUCCUGACAUCCCUGUGGAAGGUCACCAGGAUGGAGGGAUCCGGGUUGUGUGUCGAUCAUUUGGGUGGUACCCAGAGCCUGAGGCUCAAUGGAGAGAUCUCCAGGGGCAGGUCUUACCAUCAGCCUCUCACAACAUAUUGCAAGAGGCCACUGGUCUGUUUCAAACAGAGAUUGCUAUUGUUAUAACAGAAGAAUCCAACCAGAAAGUGUCCUGCUCUGUCAGGAACCCCUGCCUGAACCAGGAGAGAGUGUCAACCAUUUCCAUAGCAGAUCUCUUUUUCACAUUUCACAUCUGGGUGGUGGCUCUGGGUGUGAUCCUGGGUGUUAUCUUCUGUGUUCUCAUUGCCCUGGCCAGUUACUGCUCCUGGAGUCAAUGCAGAGCAAAAGAGACUCUGCAAUCUGCGAUGGAGAGGCAGAAAUGUCAGUGUCUGGGACCAAUGGGAUGGGUUGAAGAUUUCAUGUCAUGA